GGGCGCCUGAUAAACAGCUGACAGCAACUCUCUCUCUCUCUGCAGCCGAUUGAAGUCCAAGGCGAGAGCGAUGUGGUGGACGCGCGUGAAGGGGAUCUUCAAGCGCAGGCCCCUCCUCAUGAACAUGGCUUCCUUCGGGGCCAUGUACGUGGGGGCCGAGGUCUCUCAGCAGGCCCUGCUGCUGUACCGGGCCCCCUCCGACAGGACCAUGGACUGGAACAGCGUCGGCCGGUACGCUGUGGUAGGACUGGGGGGCAUCGGGCCCGCCCUCUUCUACUGGUACAGGCUGCUGGAUCGUCUGCUGCCCGCGACCACGGGGAGGGUGGUAGCGGCGAAGGUGCUCACCGACCAGCUCAUCAGCUCCACUAGCUGUCUCUUUAUCUUCUUCACCGGAAUGGGCAUACUUGAAGGAAGGGAUGACAUUUUUGAAGAACUGAAAGCUAAGUUCUGGUCCACAUACAUGAUGAGCUGUUGCUUCUGGCUUCCUGCGCAGGCCAUCAACUUCGCCCUGUUGCCCCCUUACACGAGGGUGGCGUUCGUCGGGGUGGCUUCCUUCCUGUGGGUCAACGUUCUCUGCCUCGUCAAACGACAUGAGAUUACAGAGGUCUUGCAGCAUAAAACGGAAAAGCCGAGUGGAGCUUCAGUUACUAGUAACGUGAAUAAAUUAACUGAAGAAUGAAAGUGGGGAUUAGAUGUAUCGAAUGUACCCGCAAAACAACCCCAGUGAGAAAUAUGAAGCAACAUUAGACCUGUGAUUUGUAUUUCUUGGCGAGAAAUACGUUUUUUUUUUUCUUUCAUGUGGACAACUGCCAAGUUGUCAGUUGUUUUUCCCAUGGAAGGAAUUGUACAUAUCAUUUCACAUUCCUUCUUAUAUGCAUUGCUUGAAUAAAAAUUUCACUUCUA